AUGGCGGGAGCCAAGUUCCGCCUCCGCAGCUUUCCGUACAUGCUCCUAGUCAUAUGUAACUGCCUUCCGCAUGCCACCUCGCUUAGCUUCAAUUACAACUUCUCCGCGCCCGGCGUCAUCGCCGGCGCUGACCUCAAGUACUUGAACGACUCCAUCCCCAGCCUCGACCGGAUCGACCUCACGAACCUCUCCAGGAGCUGGAGCUCCGGCCGCGUCGCCCACGGGCAGGCCUUGCACCUCUGGGACGACAGGACCGGCAAGGUCGCCAGCUUCACCACCAACUUCACCUUCGCGGUCAAGUCCCUCAACGUGUCCAGGAGCCAGGGUGAUGGCAUGGCGUUCUUCCUGGGACCUUACCCGGCGAGCAUGCCGGCGGACGCGACCGGCGGCUUCCUUGCGCUGUUCAACAACCGCGGCAACCCGGCCAACACCUACUUCCCGCCGACCGUCGGCGUGGAGUUCGACACGUUCAGGAAUGUCGAAUGGGACCCCGACGACACCGUCAACCACAUGGGCGUCAAUGUCAACAACAUCAGGUCCAAGGCGUACGCGCAGCUGCCUGACGGGAUCUUCAAUGGCGCCCUGUUGGCGUCGGUCAGGUACGACGCCGGCACGUCCAGGCUCUCGGCCAUGCUGCGCUCAGGCAGCAUGCCGGAGCUCAGUGCUUACACCGUCAGCGCGAACGUCGACCUAAAGGCCGCCGGUCUGCCGCAGGAUGCGGCGGUCGGGUUCUCGGCCGCCAUAGGGGAUUUCGUGGAGGAGCACCAGAUUCUUUCUUGGUCGUUCGAGUCCACUCUGAUCGAUGACAGAACCUCGCAGAGGAACAACACAGAUGUGACAGAUCCAAAGAGAAAAAACAUAGGUCUAAUAGCCGGGCUGGUAUCCGCUGGUAUAUGCAUAUUCGUGGCCGUAGCCGCAUGUCUCGUUCUAAAAAGAAAGGGCAUGCACACCAAGCAGGCACCUGGUGCAGAGAUCCCUCUCGACCAAGACAUGGACAACGAGUUCGCGAAGGGGGCAGGGCCUCGGCGAUUCAGUUACAGAGAGCUUUCCCGAGCGACAAGAGGAUUCUGCGACGAGGAGAAGCUCGGCGAGGGAGGCUUCGGGGCAGUCUACCGAGGCUUCUUACACGAGCAGGGGCUACAUGUGGCCAUAAAGCGGGUCUCCAAGACGUCGAGCCAGGGGAGGAGGGAGUACAUCGCGGAGGUGACCAUCAUCGGCCGGCUGCGGCAUCGCAACCUUGUCCAGCUCGUCGGAUGGUGCCACAACGCCGACGAGCUCCUGCUCGUCUACGAGCUCAUGGAGAAAGGCAGCCUCGACGCCCAUCUCUACAAUUCCAAAAAAAUGCUAACGUGGUCAGCCAGGUACAAGAUCAUUCUUGGGAUGGGGUCAGCGGUGCUCUACCUGCACCAGGAAUGGGAGCAGUGCGUGGUGCACAGGGACAUCAAGCCGAGCAACGUGAUGCUCGACUCGUCAUUCAACGCCAAGCUGGGGGACUUCGGGCUGGCGCGCCUCGUCGACCACAGCUGCGGCGGGUACACGACGAUGCUGGCCGGCACCAAGGGAUACAUGGACCCGGAGUGCGCGGUGACCAGCCGGGCCAGCGCCGAGACCGACGUGUACAGCUUCGGCGUCGUCCUCCUCGAGGUGGCGUGCGGUCGGAGGCCCGUCGUUUCGGAAUUGGAGGACGAGAGCAGGGUUGUGCUGGUCGAUUGGGUCAAGGACCUGUACGGGAGGGGCACCCUCCUCGACGCUGCGGACUCGCGGCUUGAUGGUAACUUCGACGCACAAGAGAUGGAGCGCGCACUUGUCGUGGGACUCUGGUGCGUGCACCCAGACUACGGCUUCCGGCCGUCCAUCCGGCAAGCCAUGAGCGUGCUCCAGCUCGAGGCACCGCUUCCGGUCCUCCCGCCGGAGGUGCCGGCGGCGAUGUACGCGCCGCCGCACCGAGGGUAUAGAUCUAGCUAUACAUCGUCGACAGGGAGCUCCGGCACCGGCGGACGCUCGUCGACGAGUGACCGGUCGGCGGAGAGCCGUUCUUCUGCCCCUGGCGGAACAAGGAGGCCAGCGAGGACGAUUGCGUCCACGACUAAUCCGGCCCCUGGCACGAGAACGACCGAGCAGGUUGAGUCCACGCAUCACACUUCCUAG